CACUGUGUCUAGGGGAUAGUUGAAGAUGAGUUUUAUCAAUGCCUAUCAGGCCGCGACCUCAACAGUUAUGUCAGUUAUGUUCCUUGGUGUUAAAACUGAGAAGAGUAACGGUUCUUUCAGUGCUCGAGAAGAAGCUACAACAGUUGUCAUCAAUCAGGUUAUAUCUAGUAGUAUAGAAGCUCAAAAGUUGUAUUCCAAAGUGAUAACAACCAUAAGGAUGCACAAGGAAGGUUCAAUUCGCACCUACCCAGUCGUGACAACUGCAAUUUCUGGGAGUUCUAGUGCUGAAGAGAUAAGCGCAGCAAUAGGUAACUUACUGGAUGGGUACUUGCUUACUGCAUCUCUCUUCAAGGUGUUUGUACAAUCAGUUGCGGUGCCAAUUUUUAAGUGUGGAAUAUGUUACAUUCUUAUUAUUGCUACAAUUGGUUCUCUUGUUAGUACCCACCAAGCCGCAAAUUAUGAAGAAACUGAGUCUGCUUUCCUUGGAGUAUUAAGCACAGUAAACUUAACUGCAUUGAUAAAAAAUGAAGGUGAAUCAAUCACUACUUUUGAGGAACGACUACAAACAAGUUUGAUGGUUUCAUCUUCUCAUGGUUCCGGGUGUUGAAGUUUGUGAAGCUGCAAGUCUGCGACAGCU